CCGCAAAGUUAAUUAGUACUCGACGGGUAGUCCGAAGUUUUGUGUCGUUUCCGUAAAUAGAGUAAAUCGUGGCACGAAAUACUGACCAGAACAUCCAUCAAGUCAAGAAUAUUCGUUCGAUUUGGCAAGGAGCAGCGAACAAACAACACGUCAUUAUGUCCAACAUUAAUUGCUCAACCAACACGCAGAUGACCUCAAACUGUACAGAUCUGGGAACAAAGCGAAGCAAUUACAGCACUCCUUAUGUAAACGGGAUGACAUUUUUCUAUAUUUUAAUCAUCGCCACUUCUCUAACAGCAUACGGAAUCGUCAUCGCAACUGUUUGCGUCAAUCGGCGUUUGAGAACGACGUGCAAUUAUUUCAUCGUCAGUCUUGGAAUAGCGGAUUUAAUGAUCGUUUCCAUGGUUAUUCCAAUAGGCAUUGGCUUGAUUCAGGGAACAUUCCGCUUCAAGUCAGCCGAACAAUGCGUAUUUUUGUCUACAGUGAACUUAGUCAGCCUCUCAGCCGUGUCUUUGAAUCUUUGCACUGUAAGUAUGGAGAGGUACUUCGCUAUUGCCUUUCCCUUCAAAUACGAGGCAUUCACGACGACCAAAACCACCGCGGGAGUAAUAGGCGCUGUUUGGGCGUAUUCAUUGGUUGCCGCUCUGUUACCGAUGAUGGGUUGGAGAGCUCGGCCUGCAGCGCUUCGAAACAAUGUCUGCCUCAAUGACAACGUUGAAAGCUACACUCUCUUCAUGGCCAUAGGAAGUUUCUUCAUUCCUGCGUUCAUUAUGUUAAGUACAAACACAAUUGUUUAUCGCAUCGCCACGAGCCAGGCGAAGCGGGUUUUUCGCAUCGUUCCAGUAAUGGGUCCAAGCGCUGAAAAACUCCGUAAAAAUUUCCGAGCAGCGAAGCGCAUUUCUCUCAUUGUGGGUGCGUAUCUCCUUUGCUGGGUCCCUCAUAUGGUGGUGCUGGUAAUGGGGCUUAUUAUAGGGGCACGCAACAUACCACUUUUUGUGUACCCAAUCACUUUGUCCCUACAAUACAGUUGCUCGGCUGUGAACCCAUGUCUAUUCUGUUUUACCAACCGAGAGAUGAGAGGCACAUUGAAAAGACUUGCAUGGAGAGUCUUACGAAGGACACCCAACAUAACACAUUCAAGUAAUGGAGGCUUGGCGCUAGAAAGGAGGCGAUCCACUGCUCACAGAAUGAGCCAAGCUACAGAUAUUUCUACUUUGGGAAGUAAAGGCGACUCAAAGACAACCGUAGGGGUAUGCCCUACAGAUUUUUCAGCUUAAAAAGAAAAUGAUGGAAGCCACUUCCAAAUUUGAACCUUCUUCUUGACCAGCAUGAAAAUGGAUCAAGUAAUACAACAUUUACAUGGACCGAAAAUACGGCUUUUGCGACAAAAGUUGCCUCAUCAGCAUCAUCAUCAUCA